UUGAGUCAUACAACAACCACAACAUAGGUCGCGCAAGGUGGCGUGACGAGUUAUUUUUGUUUACUUGUCAUUUGUUAAAUCAUUAUUUAUUUUCGAACAAGCUGAUUAUUGACAAUUUGUUUAUAAAAAUGUCCGUGAAAAACGCUGUGCAAUCUAAUUUCCAUAACUUUUUUACUGAAGGAUGUAUUGAAUAUAUUUACGAAGAUGAGCAGUGUGUGGCCUUUGACGCAACUAAAAAUCAGCAGGCGCCAACUCAUUUUCUUGUAGUCCCCAAGAAAGUGAUACCAAGAUUGUCUUUAGCUUCACCUGAGGAUGAAAAAAUAUUAGGUCAUCUGUUAAUAGUAGCUAAGAAUAUCGCAAAACAAAAAGGACUAGCAGGAUAUCAUGUAGUCGUAGAUGAAGAUCACAGGACGGUGAGGUUCAACGGAAUCCAUCUUUUUGGCAGGUCUCUCGUUCACAUGAUGUGGCCUACAGGGCCUGGCUGUAGGCUAUAAGCGAGCAUCGGGCGAGAUACUAGGAUAUAAAUAAAUAAGCUUAAGAUUUAAAUAUAAGGCACAGUAUUUAAAUAAAUGAUAGGUAUUAUUCUAAACUAGAAUUUUAUUUUCACGUGCUGGGAUAUUUUUGACGUAUUAUUAGAUUUAGAUUAUUUUAUCAAAUAAGCAAUAAAAUAAAUAAGUAAAUACAA